AUGCCGAGCCACCUACCCGUCCAACGAAACCACAACCUUAAGGCUGGAACCUAUGAGCUCUUUGCUGACUUGUCUGGGUACCCGGACAACAUCAGGCGUGAUACCAGAGGAGGCUACUGGGUCGCGCUAGGCAAGCAUAUUGUCGGCGUACGCCUAGAUGCUAAAGGCGUGGAGCGUCAAGAGAUAAUAGCUGCAGACAAGAGUGUCACUCUCAGCGAUGUCGCCGAAAAGGACGGCAAUCUAUGGUUAGGGUCGGUAGAGCUCGACUACAUCACCUUUGUUGAUCAAACCUUAUUAGAUUAG